UCUACCUGUGUUAAUGCACACUGACCUGUGCGCAGCCCACUGGCCCUGCACAGCCCCUGGUUUCGCUCUGAGAUCACUUGCUGUGCUUUUUGCUGCUGCUGCUGCUGCUGCUGCCUGCACAAAGGCGUGUCCCUGAGUCAUGCAUAUAAUAGUGAGAAGAGCUGCGAUAGGCUUUGGCUCUCCAGUCCUCAGCUCUCUGUGCGCCAGUAGACUCACCGGCAGCCGCAGACUCUCCACCAUGGCCGAACCAGUGGUAUUCAACAAGCCAAAGGUUGAACUGCAUGUGCACCUCGAUGGAGCCAUCAGGGUGCAGACUAUCCUUGAUGUUGCCAAGAGGCGUGGGAUUUCCUUGCCCAGGAAUUCAAUAGAAGAGAUGACGCAGAGAAUUAUUGUCGAAAAGCCGGGUAGCCUCACAGAGUUCCUUGGCAAGUUCGCUGAGUACAUGCACGUGAUUGCUGGCGACAGAGAGGCCAUACAGAGGAUAGCCUACGAGUUUGUUGAGGACAAAGCAAAGGAGGGAGUGAUUUAUGUAGAGGUCAGAUACAGUCCACAUUUCCUUGCUAAUACUAAAGUUGAUCCCAUCCCAUGGAACCAGAACGAGGGUGACCUGAGCCCAGACGAAGUGGUGCACUUGGUGAACAUGGGUCUCCAGAAGGGGGAGAGGGCCUUCAAUAUUAAAGCCAGGUCCAUUCUAUGCUGCAUGCGCCACAUGCCAAGCUGGUCCAUGGAUGUUGUCGAGUUGUGUAAGAAGUAUCGCCACGAGGGCGUUGUAGCCAUUGACCUGGCAGGUGACGAGUCACUCAACUGUGAAGCGUAUCCAGGACACAGGAUGGCCUAUGAGGAAGCAGUGCGUUGCGGGAUCCACAGAACGGUUCAUGCAGGAGAGGUGGGCCCAGCGAGCGUGGUGAAAGAGGCUGUGGAGGUGCUGAAAGCUGAACGGGUCGGACACGGUUACAGAACCCUGGAAGACCAAGCUUUGUACAAACGACUGCUGGCUGAGAAGAUGCACUUUGAGGUGUGUCCCAUUUCCAGUAAGCUGACAGGUGCCUGCGACCCAGACUUCACCAAACACCCUGUUAUCACGUUCAUGAAGGACAAGGCCAACUACUCCCUGAACACAGAUGACCCUCUGAUCUUCAACUCAAACCUGCACCUCGACUACAGCACCGCACACAAAUACAUGGGAUUCACUGAGGACGAAUUCAAAAGACUGAAUAUCUGUUCAGCAGAGUCAUGCUUCCUGCCUGAUAAUGAGAAGAAAGAGCUCCUCUACAGACUGUAUGAGGCCUAUGGGAUGAUGCAGACCACUGCCUUUUAAACCCAGCGCUGAAAAGACACGUCUUAGGAAAAACAAUACGGCGUAACCCAGGGGGGAAAAAAAAAAAAAAAAUUUGCUCUGAACCCUCUUUUCCCACCUGACACAAUGGAAUGUCUUUUUUCCUCAGAUGUGAUUAGAUAUGAAGCCUAUAUACUGUGAAUCAGAACCUUGCAGAAGCAUUCACCUCUGGUCUUGGUGCUUUUCUUUUUGUUGUUCUGCAGCCUGAGAUUAAAAUAGUGUCCCCCAUCCCCCGUCUGCCCCCCCCCAGCUCUGUCAACUUCAGGUCAGGGCUGAGCCUCCAUCCUGGUCUCAAAUCUUAGCAAGACUGAAAAAUGUUUGUCUCAAGAUUUGGUCUAUAUUUAGUGUUUCUCAUUUAUUUCCCAUAAAUGUAAUUUUAAUCCCAUCAGGUUCAAAUGUUUCAAGUCCAAACACUUAUUUUCUCCUGGCCACCUCUGUUUAAUGCACUCCUUACUAGGUCUUUAAUAGUACCCUGCUCUUGACAGGUAUAGGCAAUGCUAUAUUCUUUCCAUUUUAGAUUUAAUGGAUUUAACUUCCGCUUGUUUACUAUCUCACACUGAUCUACACAACUCCACAACUGUGUCUCUGACCUGUUUGAGUAACUCCAUGGUCUUAAUGUAGCUUGUUUAAUGGUGUUAAAGAUUAUUUCAGGCCAUUCAACUUCAUCAUUUUCACCUAUGUUAGAUCCAGUAAGUAAAGUCCAAUUAAUUCUAGACUGCAUUGCAACAAAUUAGAACUCCAAAAUUGGUGAAUACUUUUGCAAGUCAUUGUACAUCACAGGCUUAAGGGCUUAAUUGUAUUUUAUAUUUCCUACUUUUGUACUAGUUUACAGUGCAUUUUUGGGGGUAUAUCUAAGUGCUAAGAACUAUAACAAGCAAAGAUGAACUUUUAUGAAGCAGAUUUCAUUAUGUUUUUAAAAUUUCAUUCAUUUUGUUUACAGCCUGUUGUCACAAAAUGUAUCAGGGAAACUUAACCUCAUAAGCUUAUGGCGCACAAUUCUAUAAGUCUCGCUAAUACUUUUCAGUUCUCAAAGGUUCAGCGAGGUAGUUUUGUUUUUCAUCACUGUCAUAUCUAAAACAGUAUUUGAACUACAAAUAGCGGUAUAGAUUUCAUGGUGUGUGGUUAAAGGGUUUAAGUUCUAUAGCGUGGUAAAAGAUAAAUGAAAAAGACCUUUGGGGAAAAAAUGUGAAUGUUUGAUUUCAGGGCGAAUGGGGGGAAUCUAGUGUCAGAAACAUAAACCUCACAAUGCAUCAGGUUUAAACAGCUGGAUACCAAAUGUUUAGUCUUAAGUAUGAACACUAGGUGGCAUGGUACUGUCACCUGGAUAAACACACCACUAGUCAAUGUGGUUCUGCAUUUUAAUUGACAUUUGUAAAAUGCAUGUAUUUUUAUUUUUUUUUCCAUUUCAUUAAACGAUAGCACUUCCAUUUAUAUCUGCCACAGCUCAGAACCAUAAUAAAUGCUAUUCAGGUA